AUGGCGCCUCGUGGCCGUGGAAAGUUCUUCAAGCCUUCGCGAGGAGGUGGGAAACACUUUAGUCGCGAUGUUCAACCAGUUGACAAGCACGGUAAUCCCGUCGGUCUAUGGAGAGAACCAGACGACGAUGCCGCAUCUUCCUCACAGGAGGAUGGGGGCGAUGAGGAAGAGGAAGUGUCCGAAUCAGGAGAAGAAUCUUCAAAGGAAGACGCUAAACCUGGAUCCAGCUCUGCCGCAGCACCAGAAAUGACCCGCGAGGAGCGCCGAGCAGCAGCCAAAGCCAAGAAGCAAGCUGCUAUAGCGAAACGGAAUCAAGUCCAGCCUGGCGAUUUACCACCGUCUGAUCCGGAGUCAGAAUCUGGCAGGGACAGUGAUGAGGAUGAAGAGUUGCCUUCAAAUCCGAAUCACACGGCCAAGUCUCGCUCGCAAUUAAAGGACUCAAAUCCGGACAAAGACAUGUCGCAGUUGUCCAGGAGAGAGCGUGAAGCCAUUGAGGCUCAGCAGGAACGUGAACGCUACCUUAAGUUGCACGCGGAGGGUAAAACAGAGGAGGCACGUGCAGAUCUAGCUCGUCUGGCUAUCAUUCGGGAGCGCCGAGAGGCAGAAAGGUUACGGAAGGAAGCUGAGAAAGAAGAGAAGGCAGAGCUAGCCAAGCAGCGGGCUGCAGAGAUAGAGACAAAGCUGAAUGUAAAGAAGAAAGGUGGUCCAAAGAAAAAAUAA